UCAUUCCCUUAUUCAAUUCCACAAGUUAAAUGGGGGAGAAAUCUCACCUUUUAUGUUGAGAUGUAAGAAUAUCCUCAACUCCGUUAAACGUCGUCGUUUUCAGGCGAAGCCAUGAUCGCCGCCGGCGAGUAGAAAUGUAGCGCCGGCUACUUCUCUCUUCCCCCUUCCCUUUACUAAGUUUCUGUGUUCGGAGAUCUGCGAAUCUGUUGCCAUCCCACCGGCUCAACUGAUAUUCCCAGAUUUCUGGCCCUUCACCUUCUUUGGCGUCGGUUCCAUCUCCGGCGACUGUCCAAGCGCACCCACCCCCUAUCGGCGGCUACCCUGCCCCGGUCAUCAGUCUAAAUCCCCUCAAUGGGAUAAAAAGUUGGCCAGUUGGGUUACUGUUCAAAACGACGGAGGUUGAAAAGCCUUGAAGGACACAGCCAAGGUUGAGGUGGGGAAUCAACCUCUCCUGCUCCCCAAACCUCUUCCUCCUGGCUAGAAAUUGAGGAAUAGGUCAGAACUGAGUUUAUUUUUGUUGAAACCCAGAAAAGAAGGACUGCAUGCAUUUUUGUUGAAACCCAGAAGAGUAGGGUGAUCAAUUUUGGAACCUUAUUCUGAGGUAACUGAUUGUUUCCACGACUUGAAUUUGGGACCUAAAAGGCUUGCCUCAUAAAUCGUCCUAAUACAAUGUAGAUGUAACAAAGUUUCAAAGAUGAGGUACAUGGACUGUGCAACUAAUGAUGAACCUCGAGAAGCAAAUAUCGAUGCUGUUAAACUUGAGCCAAAUUGUGUUAUGGGUGCAAUGCAACUAAAGAAGUUCCAUAGAGCUCAAAUCGAUGAGCAUCAAAAGUCGACUACCAAUUCUAGAAGACAAGAUUCUGAAGAAAACAGAGACUCCAAUGCUUUAAGUACUGGUCAAAGUAGCACUGGUGUGGUGGAUCAAGAGCAAUCUCCAAUGGACGAUGCAAGCCUUUCUUCUGCAUCACCAAUAUGUCCGGCCCCACUUUGUCGGCAAUUCUGGAAAGCUGGGAACUAUGAUGAUCAGCUCGGUUCUAGAGUCACUUUUCAAAAUGGAAAAAAUUAUUUACAUAUUCAUCCCAAAUUCCUUCAUUCAAAUGCCACUUCUCAUAAGUGGGUAUUUGGGGCCAUCGCAGAGUUGCUUGACAAUGCAUUUGAUGAGAUCCAAAAUGGAGCCAGCUUUGUCAUUGUAGAUAAAAUCACAAAUCCCAGAGAUGGUAAUCGAGCAUUGUUAAUUCAAGAUGAUGGUGGUGGAAUGGGCCCAGAUGCAAUGCGACAUUGUAUGAGUUUUGGAUUUUCUGAUAAAAAGUCAAAAUCAACCAUUGGACAAUAUGGAAAUGGCUUCAAGACUAGUACUAUGAGACUAGGGGCAGAUGUUGUUGUUUUCAGCCGCCACCUAGACAAUAGGACAUUGAAUCAAAGCAUUGGUCUUCUCUCUUACAAUUUUUUGACACAAACAGGUCAUGACAGAAUAGUAGUGCCUAUGGUGGAUUAUGAGUUUAAUAUGUCAACUGGCAUUUUGGAAUCCUCACAUCUGUUUGGCAGAGAACAUUUUAACUUCAAUUUAUCCUUGCUGUUGCAAUGGUCUCCCUAUUCUACUGAAGCAGAGCUUUUGAAGCAAUUUGAUGACAUUGGAUAUCACGGCACAAAAAUUAUUAUCUACAACCUAUGGUGUGGCGAUGAUGGGAAUAUUGAGCUAGAUUUUGAUUCAGAUCCUGAGGACAUUCGUAUAGCUGGAGAAACAAAAAAUAUUGAGGCCCGUCCUACUUCAAGGACAGAAAAUGAGCAGCACAUUGCCCAUAGAUUGCAUUAUUCUCUUCGUGCAUACUUGUCCAUUUUGUACCUGCAGAUGCCUAAGCCUUUUAGAAUGGUAUUAUGUGGCCGAGUUGUUGAGCAACAUAAUAUUGCCAAUGAUCUCAAAUAUCAGGAAUUCAUUCUAUAUAAACCCCAAAGUGGUGGAACUGUGGAGGGUACUGUUGUAACUACAAUAGGGUUUCUAAAGGAAGCUCCUUAUGUGAACAUACAUGGCUUCAAUGUGUAUCACAAGAACCGUCUAAUACUGCCAUUCUGGCAGGUUUUAAGUCGGACAAACAGCAGGGGUAGAGGAGUUGUCGGUGUCUUAGAAGCAAACUUUGUUGAGCCUACUCACAAUAAACAAGAUUUUGAGAGAACUUCCCUUUUACAAAAGCUUGAAAGCCGCUUGAAAGAAAUGACACUUGAGUACUGGGAUUUUCAUUGUGGACUACUUGGGUAUAUUCAAGCUAAACCUCGAGCCAAGGAGUCUCUACAAGGAUCUUGUUAUUCUAUACCUCAUAAUGGCAUAAAAAACCCUGUUACAUUUAAUCAAAGAUCCCUUGCUACUGGUAACGUGAAAGCAGACCUUGCUUUUAGAGCCUCUCAAAAUCCAGCCGCUACUUCCUCCCAAUGCAUAAUAAAUAGAGCAGAACCAUUAGCAACUAACUUUGAGAGGACCUCUCAACAAGGAACACGUAUGAAGAGGAUGGAACAUGUUGAUUCUAUUGAACCUCGAAAAGUGAAGAGGCAGGCUGGCACAGGGGCCAGUGUAAUGGAUACCAGGCAUUAUCAGGAAGUACAGCCUUCCAAUGCUACUGCUAAUCAGUUGAAUGUUCAAGAAACCACGAACUUGAUGCAAGAAAAUAAGAAGCUUCGUGCACAAUGCUUGGAAUAUGAGAAGAAUGAGGAAGAACUGAAUCUCAAGGUGACUUGGCUUAGAAGUGAACUGGGGAAGGUUCAACUUACUCAUGCUCAGUUGUUGGCUGAACUUCAAUUGUUGGAUGCAAUGAAAGCGGAAAAAAAUGCAAAUGAGUAGAUCUCGUUUGUUGCUAUUGUAAAUAUGUAGAUUUUGUUGUUGUUAUGCCUAUGUAAAAUAAUUUUUCAUAGGUCAGUUUUUAAUUAACUGUUUGAAAUGACCUAGGUUCUAAUAACUGAAAUCAAACUGCAGACCCCUCUUUUACCCUUUUCUUACCCUGGGAGGUGGGGAAGGAUGGUGUUGUUUGGCAAUUUAGGUUUUAAUGAUCCAAUAUGUCCUGUAAAAUAGAGAAGGCAUGGAACUAUCAGAAAAGGUUUUUUGGUUUUGAAUGGAGUGAAUGGAAGUAGCUUUUAGCAUUGUAAAA